AUGGUGUAUGGGGGAGCCUGGUCCGCGCAGCUGGGAGCCGCCGCCGGGGAUGGCGGUGCCGUGGCACACACACCCUCCGCCGAAGACUUCAGCCUCUCCUUGCUGGACACCAAUUUACCAGCUGAAGCAGAGACGGAGUUGCGCGGUUUCAUCGCUAAGCGUCUCACUAAAGGAGCGCUGUUUGAAGGAAUGGGCAAUGUAGCAUCAGUGGGGCUGAGCAUACCAGAAGGUGGCUCAGAGAAAGGUCUGGAACUUUUCAGACUUGAGCUGGACAAAUACGUUCAAAAUCUGAAGAUAAACCUUGAUCUGGAGCAAAAAAACUUGGAGGCCUGUGUUAGCCCCUACCUGAGGAGCUGGUUUGAGGAUGCCAUCUGCCCUAUCCAGAGGGUUGUGCAGCUCUUCCAGGACAAACUUGCCUCUCUGCUACAUGCUGCUCUGAGUUACACUCCUGUAGAAGUCAAAAAUGCAGAUGAAAGAACAGAAAAGGACAUCAGCAGGUUCCUGGCAGCUGCCAGCCUCCAAGGACUUGUCCAGGAAGGCACAAUGACCUCCCUGUGCAUUGCCAUGACAGAGGAACCACACAAGUCCAUGGUUAUAGACUGUAGUGGACCUCAACCCCAGCUGCAUAAUGCAGGAAGCAACAGAUUCUGUGAGGACUGGAUACAAGCUUUUGUGAAUGGUGCUGAAGGUGGAAAUCCAUUUCUCUUCCGGCAGAUUUUGGAAAACUUUAAAUUGAAGGCUAUCCAGGACAUUAACAACCUGAAGAGGUUUAUCCGCCAGGCUGAAAUGAACCACUAUGCCUUGUUCAAGUGCUACCUGUUCCUAAAGAACUGUGGCAGUGGAGACAUCCUGCUGAAAAUUGUCAAAGUAGAACAUGCAGAAAUGCCAGAAGCCAGGAACGUAGUGACUGUCCUAGAGGAAUUCAUGAGAGAAACACCAGUGGCUUAAAAAUAUCUUAUGUAUAAAUCAUUUAUUUCUUCUGUGCAGCUAUUGCAGGAUUUUUAAUUUAUAUUUAAAAGUAUUGCCCAAGUCAAACCUUAGUUGCAGUUCCACCUGCCUUUUCUUGUUCUUAGACAAAGCACUAUGAGCUUUUUUAAUGUGUAAGUAUCAGAAAAUACUCCUGCAGAAUUUUCAGAUUCCGCAACUGACUUGCUCCUGUUCUGAGGAAAUCAUGACAUUUUUUUUUUUACAGUCAUUGCAAGACCAAAUCCAAAUCCUUUACUUGGCAGCACUUCACUGUUUUAAAUAUUUUAAAUAUCUUUAAAAUCAUUUAGAUCUGGCUACCUUGUUUUAGUAAAGAAGUACAAACAUCUGGAUAGAUCUAGAUAAUGAAUUAAUCGUUUUAGUUUAGAUAAGAGAACCUAGGUACCAAGUCUGUAGCUGGUUACUGCUUUCAAAUUGGUGGUUUGUUCUGCUGCCACUGGAUAAACAAGCUGGUAAUUGGUAUGACAGAGAGCUGCCUGAAGACUGUACCAUUGCAGUGAUCAGUUUGUAUGUACCUGUAUGUGUGCACACAACAGGUCUCUGAAAUUCCCAGGCUAUUUGAUGUAUCCCUUUCUUCCUUAGUCUGAGAUGUGAUCAAGACAUUCUUUGUACAUUGUUAUGUUACAGUUUUGCAUAACUGUAAAUAUCCUAUGUUUUUCAAUCAUGGAGAAAUUAAUAUGUUUCCACAUUUAAUAUUAAGAUUUCUUCAGAAUUUGAAGUAAAUGAACUUCCCAAAUUAAUUAGUCAGACUUUAAAACAUUUCGCUCUAUCAGCAAUGGAUUCUUACUUUCAUCAUGGGACAUAUGGGCAGCAGAAUACCUGAAGGAAAUCUUUGGCUACAGCUGGAAUAAAAACUCAUGAAGUCUGUGAGUAACCUGCAAACCUGAUACAAGCAGAAUUCCCUGUUGGUUCCCUUUGCAACAAGAGGGUGUUUGAACUCCCCUCAACAGUACCUGUAUCUAACGUGGUUCAGUGUGACUUGUGCUGGUGCUCUGUACUGUGAGGGCAGGAGUUGCUGCUUUUCUGUGACACCACCAUGUUGAACCCGUAUUAAGGUUGACAAUAAAACACAUUGAAAUCCUUAAUAGUGCACCUGGAAAUUGUUAAUGAGUGUGG